AUGGACUCUUCUCCCUCCCCGAUCACUCCGGCGUACAACUAUUUGGACAACAAUGUCCUGCCCUACGAAGCCUUACUCCGCCAGGACAUGGUCGGUCCUCUCCCUUCACCCUCCACCAUCACUCCAUUUCUGGAACAGCAGCUGUUGAUUUCCCCGAACAUGCCGGAUCAGUUUUCAUCCAAGCAGAUGCCUUCCAUCAUGUCCAAUCACUAUCCUUUGAUUCCGGCGCCUCUUCAUCCCAGCCUCGCCCAUCUGCCGCCGGCCACAUCGGCCAAUAGUGCCUCUGGCAUUGCUCCAGUCGCCUCGGCUCCCCAACCCAACCUGCAGACCAAAAUCGCUUCUCCCGCCACCACCACCAGCACGGGAACCACGCCGAAAAAGAACAAAUACCCGUGUCCCUAUGCCCAAUCACACAAUUGCCAAGCUACUUUUACCACUUCGGGUCACGCAGCACGUCAUGGGAAGAAACACACAGGCGAAAAGGGCGUACAUUGCCCCAUCUGCAACAAGGCCUUCACCCGCAAGGACAACAUGAAGCAGCACGAACGCACCCACAAGAAUUCGAUUGCGGGAAGCAACGGCGAGGACUCGGCGCGACGGAGCAAGGCUGCCAUCACCAAAGACGCACAGAAGGUCAAGCAGACAAACAGGGCGGAAACCAUGGUUUCCAACGCGAGUCGCCGAUCCAGCAUGAUUCACUCGCCUUUGUCCGAAGGCACUUCCCUUGCGCCCACAGCCAUUGAGACCCCUCUCAACGUGGAAGAGAACAACUAUUACUCGGAACAUUCUCAGAUGCUCAUGCCGAUGCAACCGAUGCAGGAUGGCGUGUCGCCAAACUCGCUUUAUCCUUCACUGAGCGAUGAAAUGCUUCUUGCCAAUAACGCCAACCUUCAACAACCCUCCCCCACCAAGAUGAAUGGUAAUGGCCUUGGCAACGAUGGUCUGAUGCCGCCGACACUGGUCCGCGGGUUUUCCGACCUAGAUACACUGGCGCAGGCCGCCGAAAGCUUUGAUCCUUAUUACCAACAGGGCAUGUAA